AUGGCGACCGAACUUCAAGAAGAAACACUUGUACAGCUUGACGAGUUUGACAUUGAAGCUGGUUUACCUGCCUUUCUGUUCUUGGUGCUAGACAAAUUGGAGGAAUGUUUUGACAAUCCUACAACGUAUACACGUCAUAUACAAGCUCAGUAUGUAGUUGUGGAUAAAACUGUUAACCUGCUGAGAUCUAUUGCUGAGUCAAAUGAGGAAGAUCGGCUUGAAUGGGAAGCCUUGGCCCAGGUAUUUUCUGCACUAUUAUUCGUAGUUACAAGAGCAUCUUAAAACGCAAACUUUGAGACCAUCUUCGAUUUCUGUGCGACAGUGUGACACUGUUAGAACUGGAGCUCCAGGAAGACCAUCAUUUUAUAUUCCUGCAGAAACCUUGGAAGAUCUUCGUGGAAUUGGGUUUUCAUGGCAAAAGAUUGCUCAGUUCUUUGGGGUUUCUCGAUGGACUGUCUAUCGCCGAGUCCAGGCAUAUGGCUUGCAAAACAUGCAACAGUUCAGUUUGUUAUGCACCUAUCAAUGUUUUCCCCCUGAGGGGGGGGGGUGCGGGCAACCCACGGGAAUUUUGACAUUUUUCAAAUUUUGUUGUCAAAAUCCCCACUGUUGGGCAAGGAAUGGCUGUCAAAAUUCCCCACUAUAUUCCUAAGAUAACAAGGCACACACAUGUUUUCCAAUGCGAAAAUACAGUCUAUACUGGUUUAAACUUGGUAAAAAUUGAGACACUGUGUAUAAAAGGCUAUAAAAUACCUUUUUCGAUGAAACUUGAUCGUGCUUCUCCACCAUACCUGUUAGCAGGCCUUUCAAUGUCAAAACCGCGCAAACUUUCAAGAUGGCGGAUGUCAAAAUUUCCCGACUCUGAGAGUUGAUGCAUAGGUCAAAUUCCCCUCACUAGGGCUUCAUAGUGUGGUCAAAGUCCCCUGGGUCGCCCGCACCCCCCCCCCCCAGGGGGAAAACAAUGAUAGGUGCAUUAUCAGAUGCAGAAAUAGAUGAUAUAGUCGCAGAAUAUUUAGGUCGUCAUGGUUUCACAACAGGACGAACGUAUUUAGCAGGUUACUUGAGGUCACUCGGAUUACGAAUACAGAGAAGACGGGUUCGCGAAAGUUUGACCAGAGUGGACCCUCAAAAUACUGCUUUGCGAUGGGGAAUUGUUAUUGCCCGUAGAAAGUACUCAGUACCGUGGCCCAAUUCAUUGUGGCAUUUGGAUGGUCACCACUCUCUUAUUCGUUGGGGCCUUGUGGUGCACGGGUGCAUUGAUGGUUUUUCAAGACGAAUCAUGUUCCUGAAAUGCAGUAACAACAACCUCUCGCAAACUGUUUUGGAACUGUUCAUGAAUGCAAUUGAGAAAGAUGGCCUAUGGCCAUCACGUAUUCGCGUUGACCAUGGGGUGGAAAACGUAUUGGUAUGCGAUGCCAUGGUGAGUGCAAGAGGUGAAGGCAGGGGAAGUUUUAUUGCGGACCCUUCCACAAGAAACCAGAGAAUUGAAAGACUUUGGAGAGAUGUGUUUAGGUGUGUAUGUAGCUUUUUUUUUAUUAUAUAUUUUAUGCAAUGGAAGAUGCUGGUUUACUUAACAUCAACAGCCCUAUCGAUUUGUUUGCACUUCAUUUGACAUUUAUUCCAAGAAUAAAUUUUGCUCUUCGUGAGUUUUUGGAGGGUUCUAAUCAUCACCGGGUAAGAACGGCCAAUCACUGGUCUCCAUAUCAGAUGUGGGUAAAUGGUAUGCUUAAUACAAACAACCCAUUAGCACACGGGGAAUUGGAUGAAGACCCUGAUGAUCUAGCAGUGUAUGGCAUUGAUCCAGCAGCACCAUCCCCUUUUGAGGAUAGUGAUAACAAUGUGGUGGUUCCUCCAGUUAAUUUACCUGGGGACAAUCAGCUUAUUCAAUCAUAUGUUGAGGAUAGGAUCGACCCCCUAAUGCCAUCAACCGAAAUGGGAAUAGACAUUUAUGAAAUGAUCCACCAGAUCAUCCAAGAUAACAUUUAA